AUGCGUCGAUACACAAACUCGUUAACGCUUCUGGGGCUUCGCUCCUUGUAUUGUGCGAAUAUUUUUUCUUGUGAUAUUUCUUCACAUUCCUGCAGUCGGUUGGGUAUAUCAUCACAGACGCAUAACAAUGAGAAUACUGGUAUCUCAGCAAAUGAGAAUCAUAAAAGUCAAGUACAAAAAGAAAAAUUAAAGGAUUUAUCAGGACUUUAUGCGGCGCAUCCUGCUCAGUAUGAAUCUGCACCAAGUUCACAUUGUCCAAACAUUUUACGUUUUCCUGCUGAUACCACAGAUCCUCUUUUUAAAGAGAAUUUAAAACGUAUGCAAGUACUUACUAAAGAACUGCGUGAACGUGUUUCUAUUGUUAGAGAAGGAAGCUCAGAGGAAGAUAAAAAAGCUAGAGCUCGUCAUGUAAGUCGUGGUAAAUUGCUUCCACGAGAUCGUAUUGAAAAACUUAUUGAUCCCAUGUCACCCUUUUUAGAGCUUUCACAACUCGCCGGGUGGGAUUUAUACCCUGGUGAAACAUGUUACUCUGGAGGUAUAAUUGCAGGUAUUGGGAUUAUACAUGGGAGACGUGUAAUGAUAGUGGCGAAUGAUGCUACUGUAAAAGGUGGGACAUAUUAUCCAAUAAGCGUGAAAAAACAUCUUCGUGCUCAAAAGAUUGCAUUAGAAAAUCAUUUACCUUGUAUUUAUCUUGUGGAUAGUGGUGGAGCUAAUUUAGGUCGACAAGAUGAGGUUUUUCCAGAUGAACAACAUUUUGGUCGUAUCUUUUUUAAUCAAGCUAAUAUGUCUGCUAAAGGAAUUCCACAAAUUGCAGUAGUUAUGGGAAGUUGUACUGCUGGAGGUGCUUAUGUACCGGCAAUGUCAGAUGAAAGUGUUAUAGUUAGUGGAAAUGGAACUAUUUUUCUUGGAGGACCACCAUUGGUAUUAGCUGCAACAGGAGAAAAAGUAACCGCGGAAGAUUUAGGUGGCGCUACUGUACAUUGCCGAUCAAGUGGAGUUACCGAUUAUUUCGCGACAGAUGAUCUUCAUGCAUUAUAUCUAACACGUCGUAUCGUAGCAAACCUCAAUCAAAGUAUACCUAAUAAAAAUUUAGAAAGUACGAAGUAUAAACUUCCAUUGUAUGAUCCAAAGGAAAUUGGAGGAUUUAUACCUGAUAUGACUACUGAAGUUGUUAAAGGUUUUGACAUACGUGCAGUCAUUGCCCGUCUUGUUGAUGGAAGUGAAUUUGAUGAAUUUAAGUCGCAAUAUGGUGAUACUUUAGUAUGUGGAUUCGCACGUUUUGAAGGUAUGCUUGUUGGUAUAAUUGCUAAUAAUGGAAUUUUGUACUCUGAAUCGGCUCUUAAAGGUGCACAUUUUGUUGAAUUGUGCUCUUAUCGUCAAAUCCCUUUAUUGUUCUUGCAGAAUAUAACGGGUUUUAUGGUUGGGAAAAAGUAUGAAGAAGGUGGUAUAGCAAAGAAUGGAGCUAAACUCGUAACCGCAGUUUCUACCACAAAAGUACCUAAAAUAACUGUUAUUAUUGGUGGAAGUUAUGGGGCGGGAAAUUACGGUAUGUGUGGUCGUGCUUUUGAUCCACGCUUUUUAUUUAUGUGGCCUAAUGCCAAGAUUAGUGUUAUGGGAGGAAAUCAGGCAGCGACAGUGCUUGCCUUGACAAACUCUAAGCUAAAACCUGAAGCGGUGGAGGAUUUCAAAGCUGAGGUGAGAGCAAAGUAUGAGCGGGAGGGAUCAUGUUAUUACAGUACCGCCCGAUUGUGGGAUGAUGGUGUAAUAGCACCCGAGGACACCCGUGAAGUGGUGGUCCAGUCGCUACGUGCGACUCUUUCGGCUCCACAGCAAGAAACAAAGUUUGGGAUGUUUCGUAUGUGA